AAUCAGAUAGAAGUGCCAAACGGCCAAAACCAACAAGGCAACAAGAAGAAAACAUUCGUUAGUGCUUUUUCUUCCUGAACUGGGCAAGGUCACAUAGAACGCCUGCGUCUGCCCCGAGUGCCCUGCUGCCCGCCUACUCGUCCAGCUGACCGGAUAACUGCGUCGCCCACUCCGUCCACUCGCCUGCGUGGCUGCGCCACUUCCAGUCGGCGGUCUCAGGCUCUCUGGUCUGCCAGUCGUACUGCCGUAGUCAGCUCCUUACCUCUCCUGGUAUCCUGAUUCCUGGUCGAUGAAGUGGACAAAUCCACAGUUCAUUUGAAAACACGGCCAUCGAACGAGUGAAGGACAAGUCUCAGGUUCAUGCCCUUCACGGUCAGAUGUGAUACCACCUGUGAUUGUGUCCAGUUAUUAAACUGAAAGCGCUUAAAAUUCCCCGGAUUCUUCAAUAUCUCAAGAAGGUAUCACGGCAAUGAAGAAAAACAGCAACAACUCCUUCGGUGCGGAUAAGAGUCGAACUUUGCCCGUUGACCCUAAUCUUCCCCGGUACCUCUGUCAGAACUGCCAUAAUUCCCUUUGCAUAGUUGGGGUUGAUUCUUAUGCCGACAAGUUCUUUGCCAGUGACUCCUCAUUCUCCCCAUCCCGCUCCGCUAUGCAGGGUACUUCUGUACGUAUGGAGAAUUCAUUUGUUGUGUUACCCAAGCAAAGGAAUCAUCAUGGACAGGCGUUUCCUCCUCCCACUCGAGGUAUAACUGCCAAUCACCCCCCUGAUUCAAGCCAGUUUGGUGGGAAGGCAGCCAUGGAGGAGUCUUUUGUAGUCUUGCCUCCACCAGCAGCUUCAGUUUAUCAUCAGUAUGCAAUUGCAUCAUCAGAUGGAGGAAAUGGGACUAAUCAUCAUUCCCCAGAAGAAGACGAUGAUCCCACCAUUUUACACCAAAACAAUUCGGGCUUCCAUUCAACUAUCACGCUUCUUAAGCGUGCAUUUGAUAUUGCCACCAAACAAACACAGAUUGAACAGCCUUUAUGUCUUGAAUGCAUGAGGGUAUUAUCUGAUAAACUUGAUAAGGAGGUUGAAGAUGUUAACAGGGACAUAAAAGCAUAUGAAGCAUGUCUUCAGAGAGUGGAGGGUGAGGCAAGAAAUGUUCUUACUGAGGCAGAUUUUUUGAAGGAGAAGAUUAAGAUAGAAGAGGAAGAACAACAACUUGAAGCUGCAAUAGAAGAAACAGAGAAGCAAUGUACUGAUGUUACAGCUGAGCUAAAGGAACUUGAACUCAAAUCUGGACGCUUUAAGGAAUUGGAGGAAAAGUAUUGGCAAGAAUUCAACAACUUUCAGUUUCAAUUGAUUUCCCAUCAGGAAGAGAGAGAUGCAAUUUUGGCUAAAACUGAAGUCUCACAAGCUCAUUUGGAGUUGUUGAAGCGGACAAAUGUACUUAAUGAUGCCUUCCCGAUUGGACAUGAUGGGGAAUUCGGAACAAUUAACAACUUCCGCUUGGGAAGACUUCCUAAAAUUCCAGUUGAGUGGGAUGAGAUAAAUGCUGCAUGGGGCCAAGCUUGUUUACUUCUCCAUACCAUGGCUCAAUAUUUCCGACCUAAGUUUCCAUAUCGGAUAAAAAUUCUUCCAAUGGGAAGCUAUCCUCGGAUCAUGGAUACCAGCAACAAUACUUAUGAGCUCUUUGGUCCUGUAAACUUGUUCUGGAGUACGCGCUAUGACAAAGCUAUGACCUUGUUUUUGAAUUGCCUCAAGGACUUCGCUGAUUUUGCAAAUGGGAAAGAUAGAGAGAACAAUAUUCCUUCUGACAAAUGUUUUAAGCUUCCCUACAAGAUUGAGAGUGACAAAGUAGAAAAUUGCUCAAUCACCCAAAGCUUUAACAAACAGGAGAAUUGGACCAAAGCUCUCAAG